GACGAUUUAUUUCUUUGAGUAGGUGCCAGAAGAUUGGAAGUUGGCUAACGUUACUCCUCUUUUUCAAGAGAAGUGAUGGAAAUUGUUCAAGGUCGCUAGCAAUGUUUCUUUGUCGAGCUCCCUGCCAUGUUAGUUCACAUCACGCUGGUUCUUCCAGUGGUCUCUCUCACAUUCACCGAAUAUUUUCACAUACUUUUAAGCCGAACAGAUUAGUAAAGGUACCAGUUUGUUUCUAUGGCAACCAUGAAGGUGGUAGUGAUCUUUGGAAUCAUGCUGUUCCUCAACAGACGCAAGUUUUGAUUUGUGGAGCCGGAACAGUGGGUAACUCAGUAGCUUAUCACCUCGUGAAAAAUGGCUGGACUGAUGUUGUUGUUCUCGAACAAGGAAGAAUUGGUUGUGGGGUGUCUUGGCGGGCCUGUGGAAUUGUGGGCCAUUUUCAUUCUUCAGCUGUUGGAGCUCUUACCCAGUAUAGUGCCAAGUUGUAUAAAGAAAUCCAGAAUCAAGGUUAUGAUAUUGGCUGGAAGACUUGUGGUGCAGUGAAUGUAGCUAGGACAAAGAACAGAUUUAUCUCUCUCCAACGAUUAGCUGCCGAAGAAAGAGUGCAAAAAGUGGAUUGUCAAGUGGUCGGUCCAAGUGAACUUAAAUCAUUACAUCCACUCAUCAGAACAGAUGACCUCAUGGUAAAUUUUUAUUUCAUCUUCUUACAGAAGUUUGAAUAUCUGAAGAAUUAACUACAUUUUCUUAUAUCUUGUGUUCUGAUAUUCUAAUUCGUUAUUAACUCAUUGACUGCUGGCAGUUGAAUGCGAGUGUGCCACAUAAGGCGUAUGACUUGAAAAAUUCUGCGCACGUUUAGAGAAGCCGCAGACAGUGGGGUUAACUAAACAGCUUGAAUGUUUUAGGACAUUGAAAAAG